UUCUUUCCCGCCAUCUCGGCCAUAGAUAUAUACUACCACUACUCAGGAAGUCCAUAACAUGAAUUAGCAAGCCUGAAGAAGAAAGAAAGGGAACCCUAAGACAACUGCAAUGGUCGAGAAUUUUGAGGAGCAGAACAAGCUUCCUGAGCUCAAACUAGAUGCUAGGCAAGCUCAAGGGUUUCUCUCAUUCUUCAAGACCUUACCACAUGACCCAAGGGCUGUACGGUUCUUUGAUCGCAGGGACUACUAUACUGCUCAUGGUGAAAAUGCAACGUUUAUUGCAAAGACCUACUAUCAUACUACUACUUCCUUGCGACAAUUGGGUAGCGGAUCUGAUGCCCUUUCAAGUGUUAGCAUUAGUAAAAACAUGUUUGAAACAAUUUCCCGUGAUCUUCUCCUGGAGAGAACAGACCAUACUCUUGAACUCUAUGAGGGCAGUGGUUCAAAUUGGAGAUUGGUGAAAAGUGGAACUCCUGGAAAUCUCAGCAGCUUUGAAGAUGUUUUGUUUGCCAACAAUGAGAUGCAGGAUUCCCCUGUUGUGGUUGCACUAUCACCUACCUUCCGUGAAAAUGGGUGCACUAUUGGCUUAGGUUACAUUGAUCUGACUAAGAGAGUACUUGGGGUGGCUGAAUUUCUUGAUGAUAGCCACUUUACAAAUUUGGAGUCAGCUUUGGUUGCUCUUGGUUGUAAGGAAUGCCUCUUGCCUAUUGAGAGUGGCAAAUCCAGUGAUAUCAGGAACUUGCAUGAUGCUUUGAGUAGGUGUGGUGUGAUGUUAACCGAGAGGAAGAAAACUGAGUUCAAAGCAAGGGACUUAGAAGUGGAUCUUGGGAGGCUCGUCAAAGGUUCUAAAGAAGCGGUUCGAGAUUUAGUUUCUGCAUUUGAAUUUGCACCUGGUGCAUUGGGGGCAUUACUGUCUUAUGCCGAAUUACUUGCAGAUGAGAGCAAUUAUGAAAAUUAUACUAUCUGUAGGUACAAUCUUGAUAGCUACAUGAGGUUAGAUUCUGCUGCUAUGAGGGCACUGAAUGUCCUGGAAAGCAAAACAGAUGCAAACAAAAAUUUUAGUUUGUUUGGUCUCAUGAAUAGAACUUGUACUGCUGGAAUGGGAAAGCGAUUAUUGCACAUGUGGCUAAAGCAGCCUUUAUUAGACAUAAAGGAGAUCAACUCCAGACUGGAUUUGGUACAAGCAUUUGUGGAGGAUACUGCACUUCGCCAAGAUCUGAGACAACACCUGAAAAGAAUUUCAGAUGUUGAGCGGCUAGUGCACAAUCUUGAGAAGAAAAGAGCUGGUUUGCAGCAUAUUGUGAAACUUUAUCAGUCAUGUAUAAGACUUCCCUAUAUUAAAAGUGCCCUGGAAGGUUAUGAGGGACAGUUUUCCAAACUGAUCAAGGACAGGUAUUUAGAUCCCCUCGAGUUAUGGACUGAUGAUGAGCACCUGAAUAAGUUCAUUGCACUUGUAGAAACUUCUGUUGACCUUGAUCAACUUGAGAAUGGGGAAUACAUGAUUUCUCCAAGUUAUGAUACUACACUGUCUGCAUUGAAAGAAGAACAAGAGUCACUGGAGCACCAAAUACAUAAUUUGCAUAAACAAACUGCAAAUGAUCUUGACCUGGCCCUAGAUAAAGCUUUAAAGUUAGAUAAGGGCUCUCAAUUUGGACAUGUUUUUAGAAUUACGAAGAAGGAGGAGCCAAAAAUAAGGAAAAAGCUCACCACUCAAUUUAUUGUCCUUGAAACCCGAAAGGAUGGAGUUAGAUUUACCAAUACAAGACUCAAAAAGCUGGGUGACCAAUAUCAAAGGAAGCUUGAGGAAUACAAGAGUUGUCAGAAAGAUCUGGUUGACCGUGUAGUUCGAACUACAGCAACAUUCUCUGAGGUGUUUGGUUCUUUAGCAGGGAUGCUUUCUGAGUUGGAUGUCUUACUAAGUUUUGCUGAUUUGGCUUGUAGCUGUCCUACUCCUUACACAAGACCAGACAUCAUUCCAUCGGAUGAGGGAGAUAUUGUCUUGGAAGGGAGUAGACACCCUUGUGUGGAGGCUCAAGACUGGGUGAAUUUUAUACCAAAUGAUUGUAAACUGGUCAGGGGGAAAAGUUGGUUCCAAAUAAUUACCGGGCCGAACAUGGGUGGAAAAUCCACAUUCAUUCGGCAGGUCGGCGUGAAUGUUCUAAUGGCACAAGUUGGUUCCUUUGUUCCAUGUGUCAAAGCUAGCAUUUCUGUUCGUGAUUGCAUUUUUGCUCGUGUGGGCGCUGGUGACUGCCAGUUACGUGGAGUUUCUACGUUUAUGCAAGAAAUGCUUGAAACUGCAUCAAUAUUGAAAGGAGCAACAGAUAAGUCAUUGAUAAUCAUUGAUGAGUUGGGCCGUGGGACAUCAACUUAUGAUGGAUUUGGUUUAGCUUGGGCCAUCUGUGAGCAUCUUGUUGAAGUGAUCAAGGCACCUACUCUGUUUGCAACCCACUUUCAUGAACUGACUGCGUUAGCUCACGAAAGUCCUGAUCAUGGGCCACAUAAGAAGCAAACUGUUGGUGUGGCAAACUAUCAUGUUAGUGCCCACAUUGACUCAUCAAGUCGCAAGCUGACUAUGCUGUAUAAGGUUGAGCCAGGGGCUUGUGAUCAAAGUUUUGGAAUUCAUGUUGCAGAAUUCGCAAACUUUCCUGCAAGUGUUGUUGCCCUUGCUAGAGAGAAGGCAGCUGAAUUGGAAGAUUUCUCGCCUGCUGCAAUCAUUCCAAGCAAUGCUCAAGAAGAGGUGGGAUCAAAACGAAAGAGGGAGAGUGAUCCUGAUGAGAUAUCUAAAGGUGCUGCACGAGCUCACCGGUUUUUGAAAGAGUUCUCUGAUCUCCCGUUAGAGAAAAUGGAUUUGAAGGAGGCCCUCCAACAAGUUAAGGAAUUGAAGGAUGGCUUACAGAAGGAUGCUCUAAACUGUCAGUGGCUCCAGCAAUUCUUCUAGAUGUCCUUAAAAUGGAUGUAGGCUUGGGUUUUUCAAUUUUUGGGGUAUCUGUAUAGAUCAAUGUUGUAAAUAACAUGCUUUCAAAAUGGAUUUUGGCUUUGGCUAAGGCAGAAUGCCCUCUACCCCCGUCUUCCAAUUUUGUCUGUCAAAAUCUCAAUGCAAAUACAGGCUUCAACAAAGCUGGCAGCAGUUUCUUAUGUUGGGAAGAUGGUGCUACUCUUCACGGCCGGGAAGAUCACUUGCUUCAUAUGCCCUUUUGCUUGGUUUGGUUUGCUUUGGGUGGCAGAAGGCCAAAUUAAACAUUAUGUAAAAGCAUUUUGCUCCUGUAUUUAUGACUUUUCAAGGUUACUUGAAUGUUUUUCU